AUAAUAGUAUUAUUUAAUUAAAUCCAUUUAAAAUAAUCUUUGUCUGAAAAUAAAAUAUGAUCCUCAACUGCGUUUCCCCUCCAGUCAGCAGACGGCGAUGUGCGUCUUUCAGGCGACGCUGCCAGCGUGACGUAUAAUCUAGUGGACGGUUCUUCAGAAACAGCUCGUCAACCACCUCGGUAGCUUGCUAGCCAACAUAGCCGAAAGAUUCAAGCUAUUUAUACGCUUUCGGUGUAUAUUAGCUACUGUGUUUUAGCCACACUUCUAUCGUAUCAACUUGUUAACCUAUUUAAUUGAAUAUUACGUUUUUUUGUAUUAGUCAGCUGUAGUAGCUGGCUGGUUAAGUUAGCACUAGCCUAGUCGCUAAUGAUAGCUAGCUAGCUAACAUCCCCGAACAUGAGCUCCCUAAACUACUCCCCUCUUGUUAAAGAAGAGGAGGUCUGCUGGACGGAGAAAGAAGAUCUGGGGCUGAACAUUGCCGUGAAAGAGGAGGAGGAAGAAGAGGAUGUCACAGUGAAACAAGAAGUAGAGGGUGAGGCUGUUACGGUGAAAGAAGAAGAGAAAGACGUUUCAGUGAAAGAAGAGAAAGACGCGUUCAGAGUGAAAGAGGAGGAGGAUGUUACAGUAAAAGAAGAGGAGAUGGAUGUGAAAGAGGAGGACGCAGUUAUUGGUGUGAAAGAGGAGGAGGGGGAGAUUACUGUCACAUUGGAGGAAGAAGAGGAGGUUGGAGAUCCGUUUAACCCCAGAGAGAUACGGGACUAUCGUGGAUCCUCUGGGGAGCCUCAACAACCUUAUGAUGCUGACGAGGCAGAGAAGAGUCUCUCCAGAUCAGAAAACCUCAAUAAACACUUGCAGAGAUCCACAGGGAAGAGAACUCACUGCUGCUCUGACUGUGGGAAGAGAUUCACCUCAUCAGGCAUUAAAAUUCAUCAAAGGACCCACACAGGAGAGAAACCUUAUAGCUGUGAUCAAUGUGGGAAGAGUUUUACUACAUUUGACUCUCUGACAGUACACCAGAAAAUACACACAGGAGAGAAAUCUUAUAGCUGUGUUCAAUGUGGGAUGAGUUUUACUGCAUCUAGCAAUCUGACUACACACCAGAGAACACACACAGGAGAGAAACCUUAUAGCUGUGAUCAAUGUGGGAAGAGUUUUGUUACAUCUAGCAAUCUGACUAUACACCAGAGACUACACACAGGAGAUAAACCUUAUUGCUGUGUUCAAUGUGGGAAGAGUUUUACUACUUCUGGCUAUCUGACAGUGCACCAGAGAAGACACACAGGAGAUAAACCUUAUAGCUGUGGUCAAUGUGGGAAGAGUUUUUGUCAAUCUAGUGAACUGACAGUGCACCAGAGAAUACACACAGGAGAGAAACCGUAUAGCUGUGAUCAAUGUGGGAAGAGUUUUACUACAUCUGGCUCUCUGACUAUACACCAGAGAAAACACACAGGAGAGAAACCUUAUAGCUGUGGUCAAUGUGGGAAGAGUUUUUGUCAAUCUAGUGAACUGACAGUGCACCAGAGAACACACACAGGAGAGAAACUAUAUAGCUGUAAUCAAUGUGGGAAGAGUUUUGUUACAUCUAGCUAUCUGACAAUGCACAAGAGAACACAGUCGCACAAAUGAUUUUAGCAUGAAAUUUAUUAGUUAUGACAAAUAAGUGUUGCGUUCCUUUGUUUAGCGACCCCUACAUUUAAAUGCAUUCCAACAUCACGUACAACCUGAUUUCCCCCCUAAUUGAUAUCAGUGAUUUAUUGCUACUUGUCAAAACAACGUUUCUGGAAAUAUGAUUAUUGUGGCAGAUGUUUGUGUAAAUAGCACAUGUUAUGUUUAGGUUUUCAAUUUAUCCCAAACUGUUUCUGCAUAUUGGUUAUUAAUUUGGACAUGUUAAAACUGUGUUUUGACAUUGAGGCUAUCCCACCUAGCAAAAUGUAAUUGAAAAGUAAUUGAAAAUAAGACUAUGCAAUCAAAUAUUUUUUUCAAACAUUUUUUAUUAUACCAUUCCUUACCAUUAAGUGAAUUAUUGACAAUACAUAUAAUCAAAGGGGUGUACAUUUGGCUUUGGUAAUUCAUGUUUACAAUUCAUGUAACUUUUAGUAAUCAUAAUUGUUUAUGCAAUCAACUGACAAUUUUCGGGUAUAAAUAUAUUGACAUUGUUGCCCUUCUUUUAGAAUAGCAGGGUUCAUUCUCAGAUGUGCCAACCCAAAUGUACUAGAGCAUGACAUUGGGGACUGGGCCCCGAUCCAACAACAUGCCUAUCGAGUGAUCCCUGUAAAGAGAGAGAAGCUUCGCAGUGAGGUGGAAAGUUACUACGGAUAUUGCAGGAGUUUCCUCUUGAAAUCAGACAUGUCUGUUGUAAGGACAACUUGGUUGCUGAUUGUCUCAAGAGUUAAAAAGAUUUGUGUUUUGCGUUUAGCCAGUGCGUUGCCAUGGAUCACAAUUUAUUUUGACUGCACGUUUUUCCGUAUUGGAGAUGAGUUUUGUUUGGGCUCAUGAAGCAUUGUAGUUGAUAAUGUGAAAUGGAAAUUGUUUUCUGUUGUCCAACAAAAAUAUAGGAUAUAUUUUUUCUCUUAA